AUGGCGGCCCGUGUGGGGUUGCUGAGGCGACCGGCGGCGUGGCCGCGGGGCGGAGGGAGGCCGACGCCGCCGCCGCAUCCCCAGCCCCGCCGCCGCUUCGGAGCCCCGGACACCGCCGACACCGACCCCCGGCAACGGGAACGGCCGCCAUGGGGGGCGGGGGACGCAGGCUCAGAGGGAAAGAGCAGAAAAAGGACAUUGGCUGAGGUGCAAGCAGAAAGAGCCGAACAGGCACGACGAACAGUUUUAAUAAACUGCCCCCACAAAAUCAACGAAAAGAAGUUUCUCAAUUAUUUAUCCCAACAUGGAGAUGUUAAUAGUCAUUUCUUCUUUGAAAGUUAUGGUGUCCGUGCUGUGGUAGAAUUUUCCAAAAAGCAAAGUGUUGCUUCACUACUGGAGGCAGCUCGUCUCCCUGGCGCUGAAGCAGAGUCUGUUGUUCCUUUCAAAUCUCGUUUCCUUAAUUUAAAGUUGAAGAAUCCAUCAAUCCAAACUGCCAACAGUGUAUCCGUACAGUGCAUUAACCAGUCCACUCGUCCAUACAAAGAAUUCAUCACGACACUAUGUGAGGCUGAAAGUAUAGAAAAUCAGCUGUACAUGCUAAUAGAAAAGUACCAGAUAACUGAAGAGAAUAUUCAACUCCGAUAUCUCGUCUGUUCUUUUAUUGAAGAUAUAGCAGCUGCAUAUUUUCCAUCUUGCACUAUCAAAUUGUUUGGUUCAUCAGUGAACACUUUUGGCAAACUUGGAUGUGAUGUAGACAUGUUUCUGGACCUGGAUAAUUUGGGGAAAAUCAGCACCAAAAAGGCUGCCGAUCCCUAUUUAAUGGAGUUUCAGAUGAAAAAUGUCUCUUCAGAACGAGUGGCAACUCAGAAGAUUCUCUCUGUGAUCGGAGAGUGUCUGGACAACUUCGGCCCCGGUUGUGUAGGCGUGCAGAAGAUACUAAAUGCAAAUUGCCCUCUUGUGCGGUUCUCCCAUCAGCCUUCUGGCUUCCAGUGUGAUUUGACUGCCAAUAAUAGAAUUGCCCUGAAGAGUUCAGAGCUCCUCUACCUGUAUGGGACCUUGGACCCUCGAGUCAGAGCCCUGGUGUUCAGUGUAAGGUGCUGGGCUCACGUACAUGCAUUAACAAGUAGCAUUCCUGGACCCUGGCUCACAAACUUCUCUCUCACAAUGAUGGUCUUAUUUUUUCUUCAAAAGAGAUCACCUCCUGUCAUUCCAACUUUAAACCACCUAAAGACCCUAGCAGAUGCAGAAGAUAAGAGUAUAAUACAAGGCCAUGAUUGUACGUUUGUUAGUAACUUAAACAAAAUCAAACCUUCAGAAAAUACAGAAAGCUUAGAUGUACUACUGAGCCAGUUUUUUGAGUUUUUUGGAAACUUUUCCUUCAGUAAGAAUUCUAUAAGUAUUCGAAAGGGAAAAGAACAAAACAAGCCUGAUUCUUCUCCUCUGUACAUUCAGAAUCCCUUUGAACAAACCCUCAACAUCAGUAAAAAUGUUAAUCAAAGCCAGCUGCAAAAGUUUGUAGAUUUGGCCAGAGAAAGUGCCUGGAUUUUACAACAGGAAGAUCGAUGUCGGCCCUCGGCAUCCAGUAACCAGCCCUGGGGGUUGGCAGCCCUUCUGCACGGGUCGGCCUCAGGUAAUAAAGGCCAGGACAAGAGUCCUAGGAGAGAACCUGCAAGCAAGAGAAUCCGAAGCCUGCUGAACACUAUAAAGGCUGACUUCUCCCAAAGGUCUCCAGGGAGCAGUGGGGGAAAGGACCUUUAGCAGUCAGCCACGGUAGCUGCCGCCAUCCUUGCAGAAUGGGUCACGGCUUCUGGAGUUUAUCAAGCCCAAAUGGAAAGGCUGGCCUCAGCCAGGUAGGACCCAAAACCUGGCUUUCUUUGCCCUCACGAUCCAGUGGCCGUCGCUGGCCUUCCCGGGUCCAUCUCUGCAGCCCACUACACGCCGCCCAGCUCUGCAGCCCCUGGCCCAGUCCAAGGCUGAAGUGACACACCCAGAGGGGAGAUGGGAAGUAAAUCAAGAUACGAAGAUUUCUCACUGCCAGUAGAGCAGGGUCCCAAAGCGAAUGGAAAACCGGCCUGAGCAGACAACGUCGGCCCACCCAGCACCAGGCUCGUCGGAAAACCAUUUUAAAUGUAAGGAAUUGGGCCCCUGUUUGUGCCUGUUCUUCCCACUCAUCCUUUUGGAACAAUAAAGCAUUUAGAACUUGG